AUGCAUGUCCACAAUGACUUCUUUGGAUAUGUCAUUAUGGAGCUGGUGGAGAACCUGCUCCUUGGUUUUGAGGAGGCCGAUGAUGACUGGAAGAUGCACCGCGAAGGCAGUGAUACUGCUAAUACGAUGCGUGUCGCCUUCGCCACCAUAUUCCUUAACAUGCUUGCUACUCUGAAGCGAAACGAUUCGGACUCGGAGGUAAAGACCGUCGGAACCAUCGUCGGUCUGUUCGUCCGCUUCAUUGUUAGUGUCGAAGAGUACGGUAUUGACUGGGAUGACCAUGGUGCGAAGAUAGAGGCUUAUGCCGCUAAGCACGACAUCACAAUUCACGGCUCGAACCAUACGCGCUAUAAGAGGUCGUCUGGUGAGAGUAUGGAGAUGGGUGGCUGA